UAAGGUAGAGCUAAAAGACUUGAACAACUACUACCGUACUAGUUGUGUGGUUUUGGUACAGUUGGUAGGUUGUACGUCGUUUGGUUUUAUAUUAACCAAUUCCCGCUGAAGGCAGCACUUUUCCAGGGAACAGUGAGAGUUAGUAGCGGUAAUUUUAGCUAAUCUCUGUUGUUAAUGGUGUCAGUUUAAUGGUUAAUUAACUAUGAACUUGUUUUAGGUAAGAUAUCCUGCUUUUAUCUGCGGACAUAUGGUAUAACAGACUGUAUUUGUCAAAGUAAAACCAGGGAACAAUAGUUUAAAAACGUUUUUUUUUUUUUUUUAUAACUUUCCUAAAAUGCCUGCGGAAAUUAAACAGAGAAAAAAGACGAAGUCUCAAAAGCAAACCGAUGAAAUAACGCAAAAUUCCCCAGCAAACGGUAAAGAUGAAGCGCAAAAAGCGAAAACGGAAGACGGCGAGAACAGAGGAGCAAAUAAAACGCCAUCAGGUCCGGACAUUAAACUGUUGAUGUGUUUAUUCUCGCUUUUAGCGUGCGGGGUUCUCAGCUGGGUGGUGCUGCGACAAACUGAGAGGUUUUCUCUAAUGGAAGAAAAGUUCAGGGUUCUACACGGGAAAACCUCCAGCCUUUUGGACAUGGAGGAAGAGAUUGUUAAAGUUUCCAAGAAGCUCGCUGCAUCUGAGGAUGACCUUCAGGAGGCGCUCGCCACUGUUUCCACGGCAACCAGACUCCAGCAGGACAUCACCACUCUCCACGGCUUUAUCAUGGCGAUGCAAGCCGACGAGAACUCGGCCUCCCGCGACCUGCAGGCGGUCAACGCCCACUUCCUCAACGUGACGGAGACGUGGCAGGAGCGGCUGGCCGCCAUAACCUCGGACCUGGAAGUCAUAAAGGCCGAGUCCCGAGAGGCCCACGCCGGGGCCACGGAGCAGGUAAACGAGGCUGAGCAGAGGGCCGAGACACUGGCGAAAAGGCUGGAAGAGCUGGAGGACAGCACAAAGAGGAACGCCCGGGUUCUGGAGCGGACAGAAGAGGACGACGCCAAGCGGGCGCAGGAUCAGCUGGACUGGAACACCAAACAGAUCCAUAAGCUGCAGGAGCAGAUCAACGGCCUGACCAAGAAAGAGGCAGAGCUGAGCUCUGAGCUCCAGGAGUACAUCCCGCGGGCACAGCAGUGCGAGGAGCACCUUCCACAGGUGGAGGAGGCCGUGCGCUCCAUCCUGAAGCUGAGCAGUGAUCUAAGCGAGGCAGAGAAGAGGUUGGAGGAGGUGACGCUGCAGGUGUUUGGGACCGAAGAUAGCAUGCUGAAAGCCCUGAGUGAGAUCCUGGAGAUCAGACAGGAGCUGGACACACUGCAGGCACAAAACAGCAUUCUGAGGAUGAAGAAUGAGCUGUCUGUAGUUAAGGAGGCGGUCCGUGAACUCACCAUGGUGCUGAGGGGAAACAGGGAUGAGACCCAAACGGACUCUGGCACUUUGGAAGAUGAGGAAUGGAAAGAUGAAGAUGAGGAACCGUGGCUGGAAGAUGAGCUAAACGAACAGUCUGAACCUCCUCAGAUUGCCAGGGUCUUUUCUUAAUGUCUUCUCUUGUAGGUUUAUAGUUAGGUCAAAGGUUGCAUUUGCUGUUUUACCUCAGAAAAAGAAGCACAGAUGUCAGAAGUCAUAGUGUUACUGUACUCUUCCUACUCCUUUGCACUGUUUGAUAUCAGUAAUACUGAUGUCAAGGACAUCAUUGUCAUCUUAUUUCCUGUUUAUUUACAAACACUGAAAACAUGAAAAGCAUUUUUCUUUGAGCUGACUCAAUAAAACAACUUUUUUUUAAAAG